ACUCCACACCCCACUCGCCAGAACGGAAACGGAAAAGGAAACGGAAAACCACCCAAAUGAUCCGCCCACUCUCUCUUCCCCUCCUCCUCCUCCGCUGUCCCGCCCCCCCACGCCCCUCGCGCCCCCCCCCUCCUCCCCCCCCCCCUCCCCAAGGAGCACAGGCCCCAGGGAACUGCCGUCUUCUCCGCGCCCACGGCAGGCCGCAGAGGCACCGCCGCCGACCCCGCUCCUCCUCCGGCGCCAGCGCCAGCCUCUCCGUCUCCGGCCCGGAGAUGGAUCCCGCCGCGCGGAAGGAUCUGUACCCGCACGUCGAGCCCUUCGACACCGGCCGCCUCAGGGUCUCCGACAUCCACACCAUCUACUACGAGCAGUCCGGGAACCCCGGGGGCCACCCCGUCGUCUUCCUCCACGGGGGUCCUGGGGCCGGCACGUCGCCGGGCAACCGCAGGUUCUUCGACCCGGAGUUCUACAGGAUCGUGCUGUUCGACCAGAGAGGCGCCGGCAAGAGCACUCCCCAUGCUUGUCUAGAGGAGAACACCACCUGGGACCUGGUGGCUGACAUCGAGAAGCUCAGGCAGCACCUCGACAUUCCAGAGUGGCAGGUGUUCGGCGGUUCAUGGGGAAGCACCUUGGCCCUCGCCUACAGCCAGACUCACCCUGAUAAGGUCACUGGCAUUGUUUUAAGAGGCAUUUUCUUGCUUAGGAAAAAGGAGCUUGAUUGGUUCUACGAGGGCGGUGCAGCAGCUGUUUUCCCAGAUGCAUGGGAACCAUUUAGAGAUUUUAUUCCUGAGGACGAAAGGAAUUGUUUCAUAGCUGCUUACAGCAAAAGGCUAACUUCCUCUGAUGCUGAUGUCCAGAUUGAAGCUGCUAAAAGAUGGACAACGUGGGAGAUGAUGACUGCACAUCUUCUUCAAAAUCACGAGAACAUUAAACGAGGGGAGGAUGACAAAUUUUCAUUGGCAUUUGCAAGGAUUGAAAACCACUACUUUAUUAACAAGGGAUUCUUAGACUCGGACUCACACUUAUUGGACAACGUUGACAAGAUUCGUCACAUUAAAACUUUCAUUGUACAGGGGCGGUAUGAUAUGUGCUGUCCUAUGAUGUCUGCUUGGGAUCUUCAUAAAGCUUGGCCUGAAGCUGAGUUUAAGGUGGUUCCAGAUGCAGGACACUCGGCCAAUGAAGUUGGCGUUGCAGCUGAACUGGUAUCAGCUAACGAAAAGCUUAAAAGCAUGUUGAAAAAAUGAGCAGCCUGACUCCAUAGCGGCACACAGCCUCUGGCAAAGAAUUUCAGCUGAAUUUUACUGGGGUUACAUUGCAAAAUAAGAACUGGUAUUACCACUUUAGCAUUUAGCACAGCCUGAUUGUACGUGUCAAACAGUUCCCUAUUCAAUCAAAGUUGGCUGUCUUAA